AUGGUUUGGUUUAAAAGGUUUAUUCAGAGAGUGAUGUCCACAAAAAGCUGUUCCAGCAUUUCUUCUGAGAUGAUGACCUGAACUGACAUCAAGGACUGCGGGAGAAGGACCCAAUAGAAUAAACUCACACUUAAUCCAGAACUAGUCAUGAUGAUGGAUCGAGCUGUACUGCUCAUUUUCUGCUGUCUAGUGAUGUCUGUAUCAGUUGCCCCACUCUACCCAUCUAUUAGGUUUGGUCAGAGGGACACGUCCAUCCGGAUGACCUCUAUAGAGCAUCCCAUGCAACUGCUUGAAGAAAACAGCACUCCCUUGACGCAAAAAGCCGAACUGCGAUCAGGAAGACAUGCUGAUGCUAUCUUUACCAACAGCUACAGGAAGGUUCUAGGUCAAAUCUCAGCCAGGAAAUUCCUACAGAGCAUCAUGGGAAAACGUCUACAAGAAGAAGGCCGGAGCUAUAAUGUGAAAUGCCAGUCAGACAUUUACGAGGGCAGCUACAAACAGGACCUGACAUCUGUUCAGAGAAAACAGAGUUACAGAGGACAGCAAAACAAUUUCAAGAUGCCAAGACUUCUAUGUAGUGAAUGUAAGCGAGGACAAAGUGAAGACAAGAAGUGUUUAUCUCCAACCCUAAUGACCUGAAAAUGUAAAAAUAAAAAAAAUUAAGCUAUUUUACUAUCAAAGCUUUGAGUCAAGAAAAUCAAUGUCCCUCAGUUCAUACACUCUGGCAAACAAUUGUACUAAAGGAUAUGUAACCAGUUUUCACAAUAAAGCAGAGAUUUGAUAUGAGUCUAGUGCAUUAAUUUUACUUCCUUCUACCAACUGAAACAAAUGCAUUGUAUAGGCACUAUUAUUUCAAGUACUUGAGUAUGAUAGAAUUAGUGUGUAUUGCACCAAUAAGAAACAGCAGUACACUAAAAAUUAAUCACCAUUUCUUUAAUUACAAAAACACCAGAUUUUCUAGGACUGCCCAUUUUAUUCUGGGGUGGGGGGCUUUAUUAUAAUGAGUGAAUAGCUCACACCCUCCACAUGUAAUUCAGUGAGGAGACAAGCAAAUAAUUACACUUACGAUGGAUGACCAUGUCAGUGAAGCCACCUCAAUCAACUUCUAUCAAAAGGCCUUGUAAAAUUGAUGGCUACAUUCUUGAUGCAAAUUUUUACAAAGCAGUGGUAAGAUGGGCACUGAGAAACAUGAAUGUACAAAAAAAAAAAAAUCCAUCCACAUUUCAU